GUAUGAACGGAUCUAUUAUACUCUGAUAUUUGUGAUCGCCGUGGCCUGUGAGAAGCACGGUAUACAAUGCUGAAAAUCGAACAAGUUGAAGAGUGGAGAAUGGGGACGGUGCAGCACGGUACGGUAAUUACUCCGCCUUGACAGGAAUAAUGGAUCAGGUCAGCCGCAUCUGCGAUUAACUUUCUCAAUGUAUGACACGCUUGACACAAGGACUGUCCCAGCAGUGGAACUUCAUAGUACGUGACACCUGACAUAGAUCAUUUGAAACCUUAUCAGUCCGUGGUUUGGGGUGCUCGGAAGUCCUAGGACGCGGUGUUGGUAUUUUAGAUCAUUGCUAGUGACCUAAAAUCCUCAGGAUAUAAUGAACACAACAGGGCGCUAAUGAGAUACGUACACGCAAAAUGGAUGUAUAUGUGCCGAGGUUGCCUUCGAUUGCCUUAAAGGACCGAGCCCUUGGCAUUGCACACCCUGUCAGCAUCAAUACUGUCGGACACGACAGUGUGCUGUGUAGCCGAAUACAGAAGCGGGAGAAUCGGGUCACUAUCAAGUACUUACAGUAUGGUAUGGUGCUUGCUAUCAAAAUCAGGGCUUGUUGAGGAAGUUCCUUGCGGUCAGCUCGUAACUUAUGCUACGGACUUAGUGGCUCAGCGCUCAGCGCUGUUGCGCAUCCGUUAUAGCUGUAACCCAGGGAUACUGCAUCUGCCGCCGCAUCAACCACAUAAGAAGCCUCCGCAACAGUGUUGCUGCUACUCACCCGAGAUAACCAAACCCAGCAAGCAGUAG